AUGUCACACGACUUGAUGCGCUACGACGACAAACCCCAGGAACAUCACAAGAAAGACGCUCAAACGAAACCAACUUCACAGGUCAGCAGCCAGCAGCCAGCAGAUCAACCACCCCCUCCUAGGCAACCCAACGGAACCUCGUCCCCGGAUGGUCGCUGUAACGUUGAGCCAUGGGAAGUACAUAAAUUGGUCUUACGCAUCCAUCCCAAGGGAUGGAAUAAUGAUGGCCAAUUCGUCUGUCGCCGCAUACUUGGUCGUCUCCUCAAGUCGGAGAGCGGUGGGGAGCCGACUGCUCGCCGCGUUCCUUGGGGUUACCCAGCACCAGCUGCAGAAUUCUUUGAGCUUGUGAUCGAUUUGCGUCCUCGUCUCAGGGUUCGGUCGCAGGUGCAUCGCAGCGGACAGCGUUGGUACAGCGGUUGA